AUGCGGUAUCGCGUGCCCCAGCUCCUGCAGAGCCGGUCCCGCAUCCUUACUCUCCUGCUCAUCCUCGGCUUGGCGGUCGGUAUCCCCUUCUACGCGGCAUUGUGGUAUGCGCAAUACGGACCCGCCUCGCCCGACUUGCAAAAGUACCUCGCACAUCACUACCCCUUCCUAUCAUCCUCGGUCUCUCAUGUCGACGCGCCCACACCAAUCCUCUCGCUCCUCGCUUCGGAAUCACCUCUCCUGCACCCUCCACCUAACCCACUCCCUCCGCCCACUUGCGCCCCCAUCAAGAGUCUGGGUCAGGUCGAGCCUUCCAAGCUCCCUCCGCUCUUACUCUCCCUGCAUAUCUUCUCCAACGCCCGCUUCAAUGCCCAGUUCGCCAAGCUCCGACGAAACAUCAUACGCCGUACGAUCCUCAUGGGCGUGCCGCACAUGUAUAGGCAUCUUGUCGAGGUCAAGUUCAUCAUGGGCCGCAGCUGGGAUCCGGCACAGGAGACACUGCAUGAUCGUGAAGAGAAGAAUAGUGGGGACAUGAUUAGACUGAGUAUGCCUGAUGGAGAUGGGGAGAGGGGGAAGGCGGCAGAGUGGAUGAGGUUGGUCGGCGGGCAGCGGGUCGCGCAGUGGGUCGUCAAGUGCGAUGAUGAUGUCAUACCCAUCCUACCCAACCUCAUCCCCUACCUCCUCACCCUUGAUCCCACACAGCCAACCAUACUAGGCUCUUCGUUCCAUAACGAGCCUGACAAAUGGCCACACUUUUCAAAAAAGAUGUACGGCUUCUCAUGGGGCAUCUUGCGGUCCGUCACCGAAGCGCGGAUGCACGAUGAUGAGAAGCACCGAUUUAUCGAAGAGGGGCGGUAUAUCGGUGUCAUGAUGAACUCACUCACGUCCAAACCUGGACAUCCACCAAUAGCUCCCGGAUCAAUAGCCAAGGUCCCGACUCGGCCUGUAUCACCCGACCCGCGAACAGGUCUUAUCUGGGCGGAUGUAGGGCGCAGGAUAUCACCUUGGAAAGACUACUGGACGGUCAAGGCGAGCAGUGCGCUAGCAUGGUACGGUAUGGAGAAUGAUCAGCAAUAUGAGGAGACAGCGAUGGCGGACAUAAUCAGGGAGAUGCACGAUGCGGGCAGAAAGUACCUGUGGGAUGUCCCAGAUGACCUCAAGUAUCUGGCUUGCAAGCCAUAG